CUGCCUUGCAGUUGUACUGCUAUCUGACAGUGCUGGGUGGCAGGUUGGAAGACAGCUACUGUCAUUACUGACGGAAACUGUGGGGAUUCGAGGACAACUAACGUUGGCGGCUCAGACCAUAUAGGAUGGACUUCUCGUCUCUUUCGUACAUGGCGAACCCGGAUCCAUCGUCGUCAGCUUUCCCCACCUUCGCGGAAGAAGACUUCGACCUAGAAAUCUUAUUCUCACAACCCGCGACAUCUGGGAGUCAAGGUGAACUUUGUGACAGUGUGGGGCCUUCUGGAUCUGCAAACCAUGACACGACUUUCGACAGUCUUUUCGACUUUGGGCGGAUGGACGCAUUUGCCGUCGAUACGAAUCAAGCGGAUUAUUCUCUUCUUGGCCGGCUUGAUAUAGAUUCUCGUAUUGGUGCUCCGGAAUUAGGCAUAGAUUUGGUUCCGUCGACCGAGGUCGAUCACUCUGCUUCGAUAUUCACCGAAGGUCACAUCUUCGACUUCGGGCCAUUCGAUCCUACUUGUUCCUCCGAUAAUCGAGAUUCUUUCGACACUCAGCUUGUGAAUGGUUCUUCGAAUGUCCAGUUGACAGACGAGCAUGCAACGUUUCAGAAUGCAGGUGGCGAAAACACGAAUAACCAUUAUUCGAAUGCUACAAGCUCAGAGUCAAAUUCAACACAACCCUUGAUAUUCGAUUUCCCGCAGUGCGAGUCUCCCUUACAGCGUCACUCUCCUACACCCCCUGCAAACGGUUCGCAAGCUCCUUCUGAAGCUGCGACGACGCAGGGUCCCGAAGCUGCGUCUCUGGACGAGCCAACUCCUGCAUCGACAUCACAGCAACCUCGAAAAUCCCGAGAAAAGGAAAAGUCAGGAUCAAAUUCAGAGCCAUCCUUUCGAAGAGGCUUCCCGGGCUAUCCUGUCGUGGAUGCAAAUGGUGUGCCGUUUCCGGAGGUCCUUAGGGCUAUGGACUCAUCCGCACCUGUGGAAGAUCCGAGCUCCAGCGCAAGUGCUGGGUCGGUUCGUACGCGGCAUGCUCGUCUACGACAUACACGUUCGCAUCAUACUGCAACAAUGCUGGCCAAGAAAGCAAACGAAAAAGCUGUUAAAGAGAGGUCUAGGCCGGAGAGGAAUCCCUGGCGUGUGACCGUCGCUCCAGCUCCCGCACAUGUUCCUAGUGAGCUUCAAACUGCGUCUGCUAGUGGAUCUGGUGAAGCACAGCCAAGUUCAACCAACGGCACUGGUACGAAAAUACCCAGGAGACGGAAAAAGACGUUUUACCACGUGGACAUAUCUCCGUUAGGAUCGAAAGAGAGGCCGUUAGUAAUCGAAGAUGACCCAGAACCAGCAUAUAAAAAGCGGACUCCGCCACCGAAACGGAGGAAGAAGAAGAACGAGAUUACGAGUGAUAAUCAUUCCGAGAUGGGUUGGGUUUUUGCAAGACUUCGCGAGCCUGAAUCCAGUCAAUUUGGAUGGGCGAUUGCGGCAAUACAUGAACCACGUGCAAGCUCGUACCAUGUAUUAUCUGGUCCGCACAUCGGGCAAGUAAGGACAGUGCGUGAUAACGACCGGAUAAAAUACUCUCAAGAGACUAUGGAAGAGCUCAAGAAGAACUAUCAGGAGGCUUGUGAGCGCGCAGGGACGUCUAGAGUAAAAGCUGAGAAGGUUUAUGAUGCCAUCCCAGAAGACGUGGAUAUCCAUGCGCUCGUGAGGGGCAGCAGUGUACACAGUGUGGGUUUAGCGACGCGGGGUGUUUUUACAUUCAAUGGAAGCUAAUUGUUGGACAAUACCAAAGUUUUUGCUUUUCUUGAUUUCGAUGUUUUUAUCUUGUAAUAUGGAUGGAUGAACAUACUGUCCCUUCGUUCUCUUGCCUCCCGCGUGCCAAUGGACGUUCGACUAUUUCACGAUUUUCUUUGCAACGCUUCUUCCCAAAUCAUCAAAAUAUGCAUAUACUAUGGAUCUAUUUUCUUCGCUACCAUAUUAUAAAUAUUCUAGUAAAUGUAAGUAUUUAUC